UGUUGAUACAUCAUCAAUUUCGGAUCGCCAGAUUCACCACCUUCGUAUUAUUUUCCGGCCCUAAAUUCAACGCUUUCCCUCUUCCCUCCAUUCUCUCUCUUUCGCUUUCCCGUGUCUGAUGCUCUGAUGUCCACACCUCAGCAGCUACACGGAGAGAGAGAGAGAGAGAGAGAGAGAGAGGACACAGAAGAUGAGUGACCAGGCAAUAACCACCAUAUAUCAUUCCAUUCAGUUGGUCAUCGACAAGAUUUCAAAUAUACAAAAGAAAGACUGAGAGUGAGAAAGAGAAGACAGUUAAACAAAAGAGAAGACCGUGAGCUUUGCGAGGAAGAAAAGAAUCUCUGUGCUAUUUGUUUUAUGGUCUUCCAUUUCUACGUCUUCUUUCCUUAAAGAAUCUUCAGAGCUACUUCUUGCAAAUGUACUUGGUUCACAUCUUCUUGACUUUCAAGUCCCAUUCUGUUCUAUGUAGUUGGGAAGAUUAUUAUGGAGCUCAAAUGUCAUCAUGAUUUCAAAUUCACCUGUAGUUAGAUAAGAUCGUUUGGAUAUCUUCUCUGGAUUUCUGUCCCUGAUUGAACAUGACCAAUAGAGCCACUACAAAAGUUCGACUGGUUAGAUGUCCCAAAUGCUGGGGACUUCUUCCUGAGUUGGCUCCUGUGUAUCAAUGUGCUGGAUGUGGUACUGUUCUGCAAGCAAAAAAGCGCAAAGAUGGGAGAGGUGUAACCUCAGAAGCACUGGAACAGAAUCUUGUGCAGAAGAAUAAACAUCAGGAUGAUCAUGAAAAUAAAGAAUCAACAAGCUUGAGUCAAAAACAAGAUCCUCGUGCAGAAGAAUGUUCCCCAAGUAUGAAUAAUGGGAAAGAACAAAUUGAACAUAUUGAUUGCAAUGAGAUGUCAUCUGGAAGUAGAAACUUUCCAAAUGGAUUUACCUCUUUAGAUAACCUGGAUUAUUCUGAGUGGGAAGAGACAUCGCCAGAAACUAGAGAUAUUGUGAAAGUCGGUGGAAACUAUGGAAGACCCUCUAGUUUUGAAAGCCAAUAUUCUGACAGUCAGCAGCCUCCUACAGGAGAAAGAAGCUUGACCUUGUCAGUUCAAGAGGCAUUAGAUGACAGCAAUCCUUCGAAGACUGAUUCCUCACCUUUAAAUGGACAGUUGGAACACUCUCCGAAUAUUUCUAUUCAUGCAUUUGACCAUAUGCGCUCAAGAGAUACAGUGGAAACUACAGAACCCUUUGACUAUGGUGUGAUUUCUGAGGAGUUCAGUGGUACACUUAGAGAUAUUUCAAAAUCUCCAACCAGAAGUUCCCAUGCUUAUGAUGGUAGUGUUUCUUCUUAUGAUGUCUGGGAUGACCAGUGCCCUGACCGAUCUCCACACUUACCUGAAAGCAAUUUGUUUGGAACUAAAAGUUGCUUGGAAUUGUUCAGUACCAAAGGCAGGCCUACAAGGGAGGAUGUCUUUCUGUAUCAAAAAAUGAGGAACAAUUCAGAUGUGCAACAUCAAGAGAAGUCCUCCUCAAAUGAGAUGCAUGGACUUGAUGUCAUGGGCAAUUUUAAUUGGGAUAAAGAUGAAUUACAAGAACCUGUCAGACAUGGUAUUGGAGCUCAGGAUGAUCUAAAUCCUCAGGAAUCUGAAGGCUUCCAUGCACUGCAAAACUGUAGAUCAGAGAAAGAAGAUGACUUUCUCUCUAGGGACUCCUACAGAAGGAGAUCACCUGUUUUUUAUGGAAAUGGCAGUUCCUCAAAUUAUGGGCAUGAAGCAUUUGUACGUAGCUCAAGUUUGUAUUCAUCUGGCAAACUUGAGUAUCUUGAUCAAAUAGAACUCCUAAGAAAGGUCAAUGAACUAAUAGAUCAGCUCAAUAGAUCGUACAACCCGAGAGAAAAGUUAAGGGGAAGAGUUAUGGCCAGAUGCAGCAAGCAGGAAAACCACCAACCCUUGCUUUAUUAUUAUGAAAAACCCGAUGCAGAAAGUCUGCAGUUCAAUGAUGCAAAAUAUCCUCAGAACCUUCCUGGUCCAUAUAAGCCAACAAAUAGAGGACAUAAAAAUUAUGCAUUCCCGCAAAUUCCUUUCUCAGGAAUGGCUACUCAUCGUCAAUACCAUGUUGACUGUUCCUGUUCACGUUGCUUCCCAGAAGACCGACAAUGUCUGACAGAGUUGCCUCCCUCCAGCAUGUGUUAUAACAAAGGACCAUGGGGAGGCCAUCAUGGUAUCAGGUGCUGCAGCCCUUAUGGUUCCACUUCUUCUAGCCAACAACAGCAUAUGGACUCCAAUUUCCAUUUACACAGUUUUAACACACUGUCCUGCGAGCAGAAUCACAUGGACCAUGAGGUGCAGAAACCAUAUUACAGGGAGAGACCUCGUUCUGUAAAGCGGCAUUGCCGGCCCAUUGCAGGUGGAGCCCCAUUUAUAGUCUGCCACAGUUGCUGGAAACUGCUUCAGAUACCUGCAGAUUUUCUCCUCUUGAGAAAGAGAUACCAUCAGUUACAGUGUGGUGCAUGUGCAAAGAUACUUAAAUUUUCACUUUAUAAGAGAGGUCCUAUCAUUCCUUGCACAUCUAGCCAGACUGUGCCUUCAACAAAUGAAGUAGGUAGUAAUCGUGAUUCUACCUCUAGGAGGAACUUUACAUCUGCAUCUCAUUCUCAUGAAUAUCCACCAGCAGAUCCAGUAUCCUAUUCUGAAGAGUAUGGACUCUCUAUCUGUAAAAGUUUUUCAACUGAAGGUGAGCCUGCCUUCAUGCCACCUCUAUUUCCUGUCCUUCAAGGUAAUAGAAGUGUUAAGAUGGAUCCUUCAAGUAGUUGUCCAGAGCCAAUGGAAGAGAGAAAGAUGUUAAACUUGAAAGGCUCCAAGAAUAAAAAUUCAGGGGCAUCUACUUAUUCAACUCAAUCCUCUAAUGUAGCUAAAAUGGAGAAACUAGCCUUAGAAGCAGAAGUGGUGUCAACAGUUUCACCACUUCAUCAGCUUAUGGGAUAUUCUUCACCAAGUGAGAUGAUUUACAGGACUUCUGCUGUAUCAGAAGAUUGAUGUCUUCAGUCCUAACCAGACAGAGGUUGCAAUGUCUCAAAACUGUACAGGAACUAGGAAAGAGGGAUUUUCUGAGAAUUAUAUGAUACAUUCAUCAAUUGCAGGAUCUGGAAAAUGGACCAUGAAAAUUAAGGCAUGCCUUCAAAAUCUGUUAAAGAUGGUUAGUUGUGAAUGAAAGAGGUAUUCACUCAGUUUAUGAAGUCCUGAUCAAGCAGGCCCUUUCAAUGGAUCAGAGCAUGCAUUUCUCUAUUGCUUCUCUCGUUAAUUUGUCUGAGGUUCUAUAGAGGGGAGACAGUAUCCUUUGUUCUUGUUUUUCUUUAUUUUCUUCCAUUUCUUUUGCAAGCUUGAGAAGAUUCUACUCCUUUUCUUUGAAACUGAACUUCAUUUCCAUGCAUGUGUAGAUAUUCAGACAACAUUUACCAUUACUUUGCUUUGUUUGUAGUUUAA